GUCCAUUUCCUGCGCAUGCGGUCUCCUGGCCCUGGUCACGAGAGGCGGGAGAAACAGAAAGGCGACGCGGUUGUGUUUGUCGCUGCGCGGCGGGGCUGGGGCCGGACCGUCGCGUCGGUGCUCGCCAUGGGGCGUGACAGCCGAUGGCGUGAAUCCUGCUGCUUCUUGGUGCUGUUGCAUGGGGUGGGGGGCUUAGCCGUAGCGAGCGCUGGGGCAGUUCAGCUGCCUUUGGUCCUCAACACCUGGGCUUUUGAGAAGGCUACCGAAGCAGCUUGGAAUACCUUACAAGCAGGAGGUUCAGAACUUGAUGCAAUAGAGAAAGGUUGUGAGCAAUGUCAAACAGAUCAGUGUGAUGGAAGUGUAGGAUAUGGUGGAAGUCCAGAUGAACAUGGAGAAACAACUUUGGAUGCCAUGAUUAUGGAUGGUAACACAAUGCAGGUUGGAGCAGUAGCAGAUCUCAGACGCAUUAAAAAUGCUAUUGGUGUGGCACGGAAAGUGAUAGAACAUACUAGGCAUACCUUACUAGUUGGCGAGUCAGCUUCACUGUUUGCAGAAAGCAUGGGAUUUCCAAGUGAAGAUUUAACUACACAGAAAUCUCUUUCAAUAUAUGUAAGGUGGCUCAAUCAAAGCUGCCAGCCAAAUUUCUGGAAGAAUGUUACACCAGAUGCUUCAAAAUCAUGUGGUCCAUACAAACAGACUACAGAGUUCAAUAAAAAAGAACAGAGCUCUUCAGAGAGAAGAAUAGAAGUUCACAAUCAUGACACUAUUGGCAUGAUUGUAAUUGGUCAGAGCGGACGUAUUGCUGUAGGGACAUCUACAAAUGGUGCAAAUCACAAAAUCCAAGGACGUGUAGGAGACUCUCCAAUAGCUGGAGCAGGAGCAUACGCUGAUAGUACAGCUGGAGCUGCAGCUGCUACUGGUAAUGGGGAUAUCAUGAUGCGCUUCUUGCCCAGUUAUCAAGCAGUGGAAUAUAUGCGAAUGGGAAUAGACCCAACGGUGGCAUGUCAGAAGGUUAUUUCUAGAAUCCAGAAGUAUGACCCCUACUUCUUUGGUGCUGUUAUUUGUGCCAACACAAGUGGAAGCUAUGGUGCCGCCUGCAAUAAAGUCCCAGGAUUCACACAGUUCCACUUUAUGGCUUCUAACCCCAGUCUGAAACAGCCAUCUGAGCAAAUAGUAGAUUGCAUUUAACUCCUUUUCUCCAUCCCUUCUCUUAAUGGAAGUCUCUAAAAAUCCAGUGGACGAAAUGAAGACUUUCAGUUUAAUCCUAACAUACUCUUGGAAUUAAAGUACACUCCAUUCUGUAGGAAUUAUUUCUAUGUAAGUUUGGUAUACAAAGAAAAUAAAUGAGUGGAUUAGGUCCACUCUAAUUGAAGAGGACCAUAAAACAACUUUUCUCAAUGAUUUUCUGAGGUACUUUUUGCAAUAACAUAAUUUUAGAAGAUAUGUUGCAAAAUUAGAGAGCUUAAUGAUUUUUUCCCCUAAGUUAACUCUCAGUUCUCUAUUUUGCAUAAUAUUCUAAUAUAAGAGAAGCUAUUCCUCAAACAGACAAAAUGCAGUCAUUGCUUAAAUUGUUCCUUACUGUUUUACCCUUAAAAUAAAUUCAAGUUUAGACUUCAAAAAACAAGUAAGAUUCAAUAAAUUCCAUUUUUCAUUACAACACUGUACAAAAUUUUUUUUUUCUGUUAUUGAAGUUGGAACAAAUAACUCUAUUACAUCCUAACCCACUCCUCACAAAUAGCUAACAAUACUUUCUUUUGUACCACAAUUUAAGUACCAUAAAUUCUGUUGAAUAACCAUGAACCAGUUGUUAUUGCUCAGCUGGUUCAUCAACUACCCAACUUGCUUGGCUUGUGGAUUUCAACAGAAAGGUAUAGCCUAAUUGUGAGAGAUUGUGGGGAGACUGGGAAGGCUGGGACAGGUCAGUUGACAGAUUAUCUCAUAAAUGAUAAUACUGCCAGGAACUGAGAAAAAAACAUUUCAAUCUUAAUUCUAGCUUAUUAGACUUGCAUUUAUGAAGGUAGGCCCAAGAUGGGCAUUGGUCAUUCUUACAUAGAUAUAAAGGCCAAUGUACUAGGCUUUGUGUCACUCACUUAUCAGCUAAACACUAGAUACAUAACAGUCCUUUUUGCCAAUCUGUUGAGUAAUAGAUUAUGAAUAUUUGCUGGGACAAGAAUAGAAAAAGAAAAAAGAGAGACCGCAUGUGCAUCAAGUAGGUUUUCUACCUCUUCAGCUCCUCAAAUUGAUCUUUAAGAGCAGGACCACAAAUAUUGUAAUAGAAAGAACAUUAUUAAUAAGUCACUUGGGAUUAUCAAUACAGACACUUAGUUGGUAUAAACUUACCUGCUAAAAGAUAUUCCAAGAUCCAACUAUUUUGGCUCAUAUGCACAUAAAUAAAGACCCAGUGAAUUGUCAAAUAUUAGGUUGUAAGGUAUAAGUAAACAGUACACUGCUUCCCUUAGUCCUUGCCCAUUAGCUGUGCUACUUGGAGCUGAUGAAGGUUAAAGUGAAAAUACCUGAAUGACAAGACUAUAUAGCAAGAGUUGGAAAUGUGGCAUCUGUGGCCCAACCAUACCUCUAAAUGGCUACCUUAACCCUCAGCCUUAAAAAUGUAUUCAAUAUUCACUUAAAAAUGGCUGAAAAAAUCACAAAACAAAAUGCUUGUUUUUCUUUAUACAAUUUUAAAAGAAAGUUAUUCA